UGUGCUCUCGUGGAAUUCGAUGUUUUUUUUUUGUUCCAAACAAACGCUGCAACAAAUAUAUAUGUUUUCGUGGGUAUGCUGUGGAGUACGUGAAUACGUGCGGCCUUUUAUUUGCCGUUCGAGAGAACGGAGAAAAUAAUCAUCGAGCGAUCGGACCACAUUUGAUCGAUUGUGUCUGUCGUAGAGCGAGAGCAACAAGUCGUCUCGCGCUAUAGCACUCUUGGUUGCGAAUUCUCACAACGAGCGAGGACAACAUGUCCGCUGUGAUCCGGGCUAGCGUUAGCCGUGACAAUUUACUGUGUACGAACGGCGCGAUACGAUGAUACACACGCAAUUGCGGUUCUAGGAACGCGAUGCGUCUUUGCGCGUCGAUGGUGGUCGCGGCGUACGACGAUUUCCCACGUGCAUUGAAUAAGGAUGACGGAGCCGGAACUUUGCCGGCUAUGCGCCGAAACUAAGGAGAAUCUCAUCGGUAUAUAUGAUGUCGAGGGCGAGAAACUCGGGAUCGAAAACAAAAUCGCAAAGUGCCUGCGGAUAGAGAUUCUAAUAACAGACAGUUUGCCACUCUCCGUUUGCAUGGACUGCUGUGCUUUGUUGAACCAAUGUAGUGAGUUCUUUGAGAAAACCAAUCAAGCACAAGUAUCAUUGAGGCAAUUGUUAACGGAUCCAAAGUCUGAACCGCAACCAAUAGAAUCAAAUAUAGAUUAUAUAGACGAGCUGAAAGUGGAGUAUGAAAAAAGUGAGGCCAGCAAUAGGGAAGAAGUAGUAGAGUGUCACUUGCCUAAUAAUUAUAUUAAUGAAACGGUGAAUAUCUUAAAUACUUCUUAUUUCAUCGAGGGAUGUAAUAAAGAUGAAAAUUCCGAAACCUCGGAAAUGCAAGAUAACGUGAAGCAAAAGAAGUGUAAGAUACAGAUAAAGAAAGGCUCCCCUAAAUUAACUAAGAAGAAAUUAAAAAGAAAAAAUCAAAUACUAAAGAUAGAGGAAGAGUCUGAGCUCCACAUAUCUUCCGAAAUGGACAAAGUACAGAAUGAUGCAGUUGUGAAAAAUAAUAUGAAGAUUGCAGAUAAUUAUAUGCCUGAAAUAGAAUCAAAUUUAGAAAUGAGGGAAACGCGAGCAGUGGAGGCAGCAAAGCACGGAAGGAAAAAGGCAGACGGUUUGGAAAAAUAUGACUGGCUAUGCACAGAUUGCAAUGACAAAUUGCCGAGUCUCGAAGCGUUAGAGGAGCAUCAUGAAACAGUGCAUAGUCAACAGGCCAAAUACAUGUGUGUGCAAUGCUGUAAAGUCUACGAUAAGUAUUAUGGGUUUCUUAUUCAUGUCAAAAGGCACAAAACUAAGACAAAGUUUAGCUGUGAAGACUGUGGGAAGUCGUUUGUACAUAAAAAAGUAUUAGACUCUCACAAGACGAUUCACAGUGAAGAGCGACCAUUUAUAUGUCAAACAUGUGGUAAAGCUUUCAGACAGCAGAGUGCUUUAUAUAUCCACAAUCGAUGCCACUUGCCGGAUACAGUAAAAAACAAAUUCCCGUGCGAUCAGUGUAAUAAGAGGUUUUCGACGAAACCGAAUCUUGUAACGCACAAACGUAUUCAUUCUGGUGUCAGAAACUUCACGUGCGAUCAGUGCGGCAAGAGUUUCAUACAGAAAGGAAAUUUGGAAGCCCAUUUCUUAACCCAUUCUGUAGAUAAGCCAUAUAGUUGCUCCCAGUGUACGAAAGCAUUUAAAACGCCCUUGCAAUUAAAGAAACACGAGACAGUACAUACCGGCGCCAAGCCGCAUCAGUGCGCUGUGUGUGGUAGAACUUUCAGAGAGAAAGGAACCUUAAGGGAACAUCACAGAAUUCAUACCGGCGCGAUGCCGUUUACCUGUGAAUUCUGCGGAAAAUGCUUCCGUUUCAAAGGCAUAUUAACUACACACAGACGGCAACACACCGGGGAGCGUCCGUACAGUUGUUUAGAAUGUCAGCAUCAUUUCACGAAUUGGCCAAAUUAUAAUAAGCAUAUGAAGCGUCGACAUGGGAUUAAUACUUCUCACACCAAGCAUCUAACCAACAAUCAACAAUUGCAACAGCAACAGCCGGUGGAACCAACGCAAUCACCUCAGAUACAGCAGCAGUCUUCCGCAGAGGAUUCUCUUGUCGUACCUCAAACAGAAUCCACGACAGUACAAGUGAUACAAGCAGUUCCUCACGCUUCAGCAUCGCAACCGAUAGUUAUACAAGCUAUUCCAACGACAUCCAUUCAGACUUUCCAAACGGAUGUCACUAAUAGUGUUCAGGAAACGGUAUUCAGAGAACGAAAUGCAACAUAUUUUAACGCAGUGCCAGCCGCCCUCCAAAACUUUUUGCCGACGAACUUGCCGUAUAAUUUUUACAGCAUUUCAAAUGUUGCUGAAAAUGAUUUAAUUCAACAUAGAUAAGAAUGUUUAUUAAGAAGAAGCCUAAGUAGAGACGGCUAUGUUUUUGUGCCGAUUGGUUGGAAUUGAAAAAAAAAUGCGAUAGUAAUUUUAUUAACACAUGUUGACUGCCAAUGAUGUUAAAGCUUUUCAUGUUUUUUUAACAUCAAGCCAUACGAUCGAACGAUUUGAUUGCAUUGUGUGACUAUGCACAGGCGCCGCGGAACCGGGGAAGCAGAGCGGGCGACCGCCCACCCAGAGAUAAUUCAGGCUGCGCCCCUCCCCCCUGAAAUUUUUCUCUUCAAGUAUUUUAUGACCAAAAAUAUUGAGCAUCAAAUAUUUACAUCAAAAGUGGAAAAAUGGGCUAUCUUCCUUUUUUUUUUUCGUUUUUUCUUUCUUUUUUUAACUACUCGGUCAAUUAAAGUACAGUAUAUAACGAAGAAAAUUAAACGCAUUAAGUUAAUUAGAACAAAAAAUCUGUACAUAUUUUUCGUACAUUUAUACUCACUGAGUGGCCUAUUAUAUGGUGUUUGAAUGGAGUUACAUACGUGUAUAUAUUAUGAAUGUAUUAUAUAUCCCUUUUAUAAAUUUUGCCCCCUCAGAUGAAAAAUACUUCCGCGGCGCCUGACUAUGCAUUAAGAUAAAUAUAACAAUACAGUCUAAAAGCAAAAUAAUAAGUUAAGUUUAAUUAAUCAAUCAUAUUUCGCAAAAUUAAUAUUUCUUAAAACAUCGAAUUUCAUAGAUAUUUCACUGCUAUGAAUUUCUAAUGUACAAAACACCAAAUUGGCACAGAAACAUAGGAAUUCGUGAAAUGUGUCAUACAAAUCGUAUAAUAUCAAUCUUUUGUAAAGAAAAACCAGAUAAAUUAAUUAUAUUUUA